AUGACAAAUCAUCAAAAGGGCAUUGCCUUUGUCUUUUAUACACUAGUUAUAUCUUUGCUUCCAUUGAAAAUCACAGCAUCACUAAGAACAGAAGCAGAAGCUCUUGUCAAAUGGAGCCUAUCACCUCCUCUUCCUUCAUGGUCACUCACCAACCAUAUCAAUAUUUGCAAUUGGGAUGCUUUGGUUUGUGACAACUCAAAUACAACUGUCUCAAAGAUAAACUUGUCUAACGCCAAUAUCAGCGGAAAACUCGCUGACUUGGAUUUUUCUUCUCUCCCAAAUCUAACCCUCCUAAACCUCAAUGGAAAUAGAUUUGGUGGAUCAAUACCAUCAACAAUUGGCAACCUCUCCAAACUCAGUUUCUUGGACUUGGGAAACAACUUACUUGAAGGCACACUCCCUUCUGAGCUAGGCCAGCUAAGGGAGCUUCAAUAUGUUAGUUUUUUCUUCAACAAUCUCAAUGGCACUAUUCCCUAUCAGUUCACUAGUCUCCCCAAGGUAAGUUACCUUGACUUUGGAUCAAACUAUUUUGUAUCUUCCCUUAACUGGUCUCAAUAUUUAAACAUGCCUUCCUUAAAUUACCUUGGUUUGGAAUUAAAUAAAUUUACUGGUGAGAUUCCAAGUUUCAUAUUUGAGUGCGCGAACUUAACAUACCUUGACCUCUCUUGGAACAAAUGGAAUGGUACAAUACCAGAAUCCAUGUAUGUUAAUUUGGGCAAACUCGAAUAUCUCAACCUCACAAACUGUGAGCUAGAAGGAAAACUGUCAUCCAACUUGUCCAUGCUCUCAAAUCUCAAAGAUCUUCGUCUAGGUAAUAACAUGUUUAAUAGUCCUAUUCCAGCAGAGAUAGGAUCGAUAUCUAGACUUCAAAUUCUUGAGCUGAACAACAUUUCAGCCCAUGGGGAAAUUCCUUCUUCCUUAGGUCAACUAAAGGAGCUAGUGCAUCUUGAUCUCCGUCUUAAUUUUUUCAACUCUAAAGUCCCUUCUGAGAUUGGCCUAUGCACAAAUCUAACUUUCUUGAGCUUAGCAGGAAAUAAUCUAACAGGUUCUUUGCCUUUGUCAUUAGCAAAUUUGACCAAACUUUCAGAACUAGGAUUAUCAGAUAAUUUCCUUUCUGGUCAAAUUUCUGCUUCAUUGAUCUCUAACUGGACUGAGUUAACUUCCUUGCAAGUUCAAAACAAUAGUUUAAUAGGAAAGCUUCCUCCACAGAUUGGCCUUUUGAAGAAACUUAAUUACCUUUUUAUGUACAGAAAUCUUUUCUCUGGUCCUAUUCCUGAAGAGAUUGGAAACUUAAAGGAAAUGUCACACUUAGACCUUUCAGUCAACAAUUUCUCUGGUCCAAUUCCAAGAACCAUUUGGAACCUCACAAACUUAACAGUCAUAAAUCUUUUCUUCAACAACCUCGCCGGAAACAUUCCAGCGGACAUUGGAAACUUAACCUCACUGCAAGUUUUUGAUGUCGACACUAACAACUUGGAUGGAGAAUUGCCACACACAAUUGCUCAUCUAACUUCCUUAACUUCUUUUUCUGUGUUCACGAAUAACUUCUCAGGAAGCAUCUCUAGAGAUUUUGGAAAGAAUAGUCCUUCUUUGACUACUGUCUACUUUUCAAACAAUAGUUUCUCAGGAGAACUUCCUUCUGACAUGUGUAGCGGUCUCAAUCUAGAAACUUUGUCAGUAAAUAACAACAGCUUUACAGGGCCGUUGCCGAACUCUUUGAAAAAUUGUUCAUCUCUUGUAAGAGUUAGGCUUGAUGACAACAAAUUCAAUGGGAAUAUCACAGAAGCUUUUGGGAUUCAUCCAAAUCUUACUUUCAUCUCACUUAGCAGAAAUCAUCUCGUUGGUUAUCUAUCUCCAGAUUGGGGUAAAUGUAUCAACUUAACUGAGAUGGAAAUGAGUGGAAACAAAUUUUCUGGAAAAAUUCCAUCUGAGCUAAGUAAGUUGAGUAAAUUACAAGUUCUUAGCCUGCACUCUAACGAAUUCACCGGAAAUAUCCCCCCUGAAAUUGGAGAUCUAAGUCUGCUCUACAAGUUCAAUUUGAGCAGGAACCACUUGUCCGGAGAUAUCCCAGAGAGUAUUGGAAGAUUAGCUUGGCUUACUAAUGUUGAUUUAUCAGAUAAUAACUUUAGUGGAAGCAUUCCUAAAGAGUUCGGUAACUGUAACCGGUUACUAAGCAUGAAUUUAAGCCAUAACAAUCUAUCUGGUGUGAUACCGUACGAACUCGGCAAUCUGUUCUCACUCCAAUCCAUGUUAGAUAUCAGCAGCAACAAUCUUUCAGGAGAAAUUCCUCAAAAUCUUCAAAAGUUAUUAUCAUUGGAGAUUCUCAAUGUAUCACACAACAAUCUAUCUGGGACAAUCCCACAAUCCUUUUCAAGUAUGCUCAGCCUUCAAUAUGUGGACUUUUCUUACAACCACUUGUCAGGUUUGAUACCAACUGGCACCGUUUUCCAGAAUCAAAGUGCUGAAGCUUUUGUUGGGAAUUCAGGUUUGUGUGGUGAGGUAAAGGGAUUAGCAUGCCCCAAAGUAUUGUCCCAAGACAAAUCUGGAGGGUCCAAAAAAAAGGUGCUUCUUGGUGUUACAAUAUCAAUUGGUGGAGUAUUCUUUAUAGGGAUGAUUAGUGUUGGAAUCCUGCUAUUACAAAGGAAAGCGAGAAAACAUAGUGAAGAAUCUAAAAGCAUUGAAGAUAAUGAUCAAUCUAAUUGCAUGGUAUGGGGAAGAGAUGGAAAAUUCACAUUUUCUAAUCUUGUGAAAGCAACCAAUGACUUCAAUGAAAAGUAUUGCAUUGGAAAAGGAGGAUUUGGAAGUGUUUAUAGAGCAGAACUACCUACAGGUCAAGUUGUUGCUGUGAAAAGACUCAAUAUAUCAGAUUCUGAUGACAUCCCAAAAGAGAACCGCAUGAGUUUCAUGAAUGAGAUAAAAACACUUACAGAAGUGAGGCACAGGAAUAUAAUAAAGCUUUAUGGCUUUUGUUCUAGGAGGGGAGAAAUGUUCUUGGUUUAUGAACAUGUAGCGAAAGGAAGUUUGGGGAAAAUGUUGUAUGGAGAAGGAGGAAAAUUUGAGCUAAAUUGGGGUACAAGGGUGGAAAUUGUGCAAGGAUUAGCACAUGCGAUUGCUUACCUACAUAGUGAUUGUUCUCCACCAAUCGUGCACAGAGAUAUCACACUGAAUAAUAUACUGCUGGAUUCAGAUUUUGUGCCUCAUCUUGCAGAUUUUGGCACUGCAAAGCUGCUAAGCUCUAACGAUUCAACCUGGACUUCAGUUGCAGGAACCUAUGGCUACAUGGCUCCAGAGCUAGCACAAACCAUGAGGGUGACUGAAAAGUGUGACGUGUAUAGUUUUGGCGUGGUGGUGUUAGAGAUAUUGAUGGGAACACACCCAGGAGAAUUCUUGAAUAUCCUAUAUUCAAACAAGUCUUUGGCAUUAAUGGAAGUGCUUGUGAAGGAUGUUGUAGACCAGCAGCUUCCACCUCCUACAGACGAAUUAGGCGAAACAAUAAUGUUUACAAUGAGAGUAGCUUUGGCAUGCACAUGUGCUGCUCCUGAGUCUAGACCCAUGAUGCGUUCUGUUGCACAAGAACUAUCAGUUACUGCACAGGCUCGUCUUUCUCAGCCAUUUGGUACGAUAACCAUAAGCAAACUUAUAGGAUUACAAAAAUAG